AUGACGACUACCAUGUUGCAGACGGAGGUUCUCCACCCCGUCACCGGAAUAUCGACCGGAGGACGUAUUUUGACUUGUCCUCCCACUCUGGAUAUUCCUGUCGAAGCACAGGUAUCGCUGCUCCAUGAUAGAAGUAGCUAUCAAGGCGAAGUGCCGGGACUUCGCAUAAACACCGUUCCGCACCGUCAGCGUAUAUCGACUGCCGCUCAAAUCGAUUUUCGGGUCAAGCUGCUGGGCGCCCUCCGGAAGAAGUGGGAGAAGCCCGAGACAGAAGCGAGAUUCCUCGAGGCAGUAAAUAGGAUGGAAACUGACGGCGCCGCCUUAUUCGGUGGACUCAUUGAUCCUUCCAUUUUUGGGGAACUUGUCGAGAAAUAUGACAAGGUACAGGAAAGAGCUGGUAACAAGGCUUUCAUGCAUUCUUAUGUCAAUCUCUCCCUUGAGCACGAGUUCAUUCUAGGAGGAAGCUAUGUAGAGGCAUUCAGUCACCCGCUCCUGGUGGCGCUUGUUUCUUACCUUCUCGGGGGCUCCAUCCGUAUUGUGGACUUUCGAGGGAAAAACACGGACCCUAUCUCAAUCAAUGCUCAGGACAACAUGCUUCACGUCGAUAAUACUCCCUUCAAGGAGGAGUACAAGGUGCUCCUAAACUGGCGGAGGGGCGAAGUGAAAGGGCCAUCUGGGCAAAACUUCACCUUCCUGCCCUGGACCCACAAAGGAAACCGCAUUGUGCUCAAGGACAAGGAGGGCGCUCCAUGGUCUUCAGAGAAGGACAGUGUGUUCGUCACUGACGAAGCAAUUGAUGGGCUGUUCGAGUUCCAGAAUCAAGUGAAAGGGGCCGCUGCCGUUGUUGAAGCGAGACACUCUGAACAGCCCUUGGCCAUUCUGUUUCCAGCAGGGGCACUGGUUCACCAUCGCUACCGCACAGAGGAUGGCGAUCCAAGGAGUUGCAUUAUAACGGCCUUCCAUUUGUCCAGCAAGCACCCUGGCCAAAUUUCAGAACUGGCGCAUGUUUCUGACAGGAAGAAAACACUGAUCGAGUUCCUCGUUGGGUAUCAGGACGAGAACUCUAAUGACGAGUUUUUGGAUUUGAUCUCUGGCGAAUCUCUACGCGUUGAAACAAAGCUAGAGGAAUUGGUACAGCCGCAGCACCCGAGCACGGUCCUUGAUAUCGGGUCUCUUGCACUCAAAGGCGAGGCACUCGUCAAAUGGCGCCAAGCUGUCAUGGCUGCGCCAAAUCCAAUCUGGCACAGGUUGAACAAUGGUCUUCGCCUAUCUGAGACCGACUUCGGUGACAUUGAGAUGCUGACGGACAAUCUCGCAGCCGUCAUGGACUACGACAAGCACUGCAACCUCCAGAUGGUUUUGUAUGAUGACGGCCGCGAGGAGAUCCGUAAACCAUCUCGAAAGAUAGUUGGGGAGCGGAAGAAGGAUAACAUCAGAAGUCGCCUGAGAUCUUGGACGCCUAGGAUCCUGCGAGGCUCAUUUAAUGCCCAUGAUUUGAUCGAGCCGAGGACGCUAAGAAUUCUAAGCAAUUCGAUGGCUUCUCUGGCAGAAAAGGCUGCCGAGGAACAUGACACAGAGCCAGCUGCUGGAAGCGGAAAGUCACCGCUGGUAGGCCAGAGGAAGACUUUGAUGUCCUUCAGUCGCCUGAUUCUGGAUCUCGGGGAGGCUGUCGAGAGAUGCGAAGGUGUAGAGUCUUUUGUUGUCACGAGUUUGUUCCUCUUCCUUGCUGCCGAGGAGAUCUAUUCAGAGCUCUCGGUUACGGACCAAAAGGCCGUCGAAUUUGUGGUCGUGGCGUUCUUGAGAAAUUACAUUGCUACAGUCCUGAUUGUGGAAGGAAAUGUUGAUUUUUGA